AUGAUCGAUCUGAAAGACCAUCUCAACCACUGCAUUCACUCCUUACGGCAGGCAAUAUCCUGUGCGAGCGACAUUUCUGUCGGGGUCUGGCAAUGGGAGACAGCUUUGUCGGAUUAUAAGCCCAAUUUUGGCACAGAACACACAUGCCGCAAUUUCGACAAGAUUCAGGACUGGGCGAGAAGUCGAUCUUUCGAGAACUUCGCGUAA